ACCAUCUCAAAGCAAACAAAAACAAACCCAGAAAUCUCUCGACCAAGCAAAGCAAACAUAGCAGCCUUAAAAGAGCACCACUACUUAGCCAUGGCAGAUCAUGAUCAGUUCAAUACAAGCAACAGCAUUUGGGAUUCAUCAAGAAACCGGUACGAGGCGGCCGCCCCCUCAUCUUCUUCUUCUUCGACGAUUCACAACAGCGGCUUUGGUUGGCCAAAUGAAGUGUUAGAUAUUAAAGCAAGACCUUCCAUGGAUUCAGCCUCGGAAUCCGAUAAUAGUUCAGUUGUUUUUCAUAAUCCCCAGAAGCUUCAAGGUCCUGAUUCUUCUAGUCUUGACUUCCAAAUGAUUGACUUAGGCCUCUCUUCACAAUCCAUGGAUUGGAACCAAGCCUUACUUCGCGGAGAGAAAACCGAGACAAGUUUUCGAUCAAUUCUUCAAGAUAACAUGAAUUAUCAACAAAUCCAUAGAGGGUUUUCUUUAGAUCAACAAAUUAAUGGAAGCUCAGGUGAUCAAAGUAGUACUAUUGUGGCAUGUCAAGGCAUGCCAUCUAGUAAUUUUCAGAUGGACUCUUCUUCUAUCUAUGGUAGUCCUUCAACUAUGUUUCAAGGAUUUUUGGGAUCCGAUAAUAAUCAACAACAACAUCAACAAUCGUCGUUCGAGAAUCAUCAUCAUCGAUCGAUGAAUUACCAAUACGGGGUGUCCCCGAAUUACGGCAUGAGUAGUACUAAUGAAUUAGUAUCUAAUUCUUGGUCUAAAGUUCCACAGUUCUUGAGAAAUACUACUUCUUCACCUCCUAAACAGCAAAGCCCGUUGCAAUUCUCCAACAACGCGACGUUUUGGAACGCGUCCGCCAGUUCCAUGACCGAUGUGAGACCCGGAUUCUUCCCAGCAUUGCAACCUCAAUUUCCUACCCAAAGUUUCGAUGAAAAACCAAAGAAUGUAACUCAUGAAGCUGGAGACUCAAGUUCAGUGGUGAAGAAAAGUAGUAGUGAAUCACCAUCCAAAAGGCCUAGAAAUGAAAAUUCAACACCUUUGCCACCAUUCAAGGUGAGGAAAGAGAAGAUGGGGGACAGAAUCACUGCACUUCAACAAUUGGUUUCACCUUUCGGAAAGACUGAUACAGCUUCAGUGCUCUCUGAAGCCAUUGAAUACAUCAAAUUCCUCCAUGAGCAGGUCACAGUUUUAAGCACACCAUACAUGAAAAGUGGAGCUCCCAUACACCAUCAACAACAACAACAGAAUUGUGACAAACCUAAGGACCCAGAAGGACCAAAACAAGACCUUAGAAGUAGAGGACUAUGUCUAGUUCCAAUUUCAAGCACUUUUCCAGUUACUCAUGAAACUGCUGUUGAUUUCUGGACACCAACAUUUGGAGGCACUUUCAGGUAGCUAGAUUAUCCAUCGAUCGAGCUAAAUUUUCGUGCAUCGAAUCGAUUCGCUCCUUAUAAAAAGUCCCAAUCCAAGUUGGGUGUAUAUGAUGAGGUGAAUUGAAAAAUGAAGGCAAAAAACAGCACAGUCAAGCCCUACAAGUUGUGUAAGACAAGGCAAUGGCCCUCCAAAGGACAUGCCAUUGUUGGGUUAACAAGAGGCAAAUUGAUUCAAGUUGGCCAAUAACUUAUAGGAUAUAUAAGAUAAUAAGAAUAUAUAUUAUAUAUGUGUGUGUGUGUUUGUGUGUAGUUGCUGAUUAUAGGGGAAAGUUUAAGGUUUAGUUUAAAGUAGCAUUAAUUUUGAUUGUUAUUAUGAUUAGCAUUGUGAAUUAAAUAGACUUGGCACAAACUUUCAUUGAAAGAGAAUAUUUGAUUUGAAAUCUCAACUUUAAAUUUUUUUU